AUGAACAUUCCUCUGUCCACGGACGUGGAAAUGUUCCUUGUUUCAAGAUUGCUCAUACAGAUCUGUUGUUCUGAGUACUAUGGAACAUUGAGUGCUUCAAGUUACAACUCCAUCGAAAUCUUGACUGGAUCAAACUAUCUGAAGUGGAAAGAAGAGUUGGAAAUUUCAUUAGGGCUAAUGGACUAUGACAUAGCUCUAAAAUGGGACACACUUGAGGAACUUGCUGCCAAUGCUACUACAGAUGUCAAAAGGAGAUAUGAAAAAUGGGAAAAGGCUAACACGAUGGCUAUACUGAUUAUGCUGAGAACCAUGACACCUUCCAUGAGAGGUAGCAUUCCAAGAUCAGAAAGUGCAAAAGAAUUCAUUGCUGCCAUUGGUCUAAAAUUCAAAGAAUUUGAAAAAGGAGAGAAAAGUACCUUGCUGAACAAAUUAACUUAG